GGGUCAGAGUGGUAAUUUGGGAGAGACAAAAAAGCAAUCGCCGUUAUAGUUAUUCGUGUAAACACUCAGAAAAUCCAGCCGUUGCAGAGAGAGGAAAAAAAAAAGAAAAGAAAAACAAAACAAAACAGAGCAAAGCAAUGGUCUUAGGUGAAGAAUCAAAGCCAAUGAACUGAAAAGAAGAACCCUCAGGAUUCUCCCUUAUUUCCCAAACUGCCCCUCCCUGCUUUCUUUGACUAUCAUUUGCUUUUCUCUCUCUGGUACAUAUCUCUUUCUUUCUCUCUGUGUCUCUCUAUCUUUUUUUUUUUUCCUCUUUCUUUGUUUGUCUGCUGUGAGUCUUUAAUAUGGUCAUGUUGAGAGAUAAAGAUCUCUCUAAUGGUCGGUUAGGUUGUGAGGGUGACAAUUGCUCACAGACUAAGCUCUCUCAGCAGAAGAAGGAGAACCCAGAUGAGAAAAUGAGUUUUGCUGAAAAGGGUAUGGAUUUUCAGAGAGAUUCAGGGAUGGGUUCUGAUAGGAAUGGUUUCAGAUCAAAGUUGCCAACAAAAACAGGGACUUCAGGGACACAAGAGCUCACACUCAGCUACCUCUGUGACAAUUCCAAACUGGGUCUUCCUGAGAAAGAGAAAAACUUGCUGUAUUCCCGAGAAAGAGAAACGAACGCUUCUAUUGCUGAGAAUUCAAUUUCAAACCAAGGUGAGAAAUGGGUGGAGAGGGAUUUCCUCAAUCUGAACGAAACAAGGGGGAAUUCCUCGAAACGAGAGGUGGAGGAAGAGCUUGAUAGAGAGAAUAUAGUGCCAGAGAAAAAGCCAAAGCUUGAGACUUUGAACUUGUCUCUAGCUUUGCCUGAUGUUUCUCUCUCUCUCACUGCUGCUCCAAUUCCCAACCAGAUUGCUGCUAAGAGUAUGCAAUCUUUAGCACCUUCUAACAAUUGUUCCAAUGAUUUUACUGCCACUGCUACUUCCAUGUCUUACUCUUAUUCCCUUCCCUUUUCCCACAACCCCAGUUGCUCUUUGACUCGUAAUUCCACUGAAAAUUACGAUGACCAGAUUUGGAACUGUGGGGAAGGGACUAAUGGUUCGGUUCAUAGUCGAUUUAAGCCGAUCGGUGAUGGGGCUGUGGGGCUUUCCAAUCAUGGUGCAGGAAGCCUUUUUUCAAUGAUGCAGGCAAAUCAGGCUAGUACUCGUAAAAAGGACUUUUGUAGUAAUGUUAAUAACAAUAAUAGUAGUCAUUAUAGGACUACAACUGGCUCUGAGAACCAUUCCUUUUUCCCGUCUGAGCUCCCUGCAAGGCCGCGGAUUGAUACGCUGUCUGGUGAUUCCAGAGGGCGGGGUUCAGAGGGUUUGAGGAAUUUGGAGGGUGUGGAUGGUGGUGGUGGUGGUGGUGGUAGUGGUAGUGGGAGGGUUAGGAAGUUGUCUAGACAGGAGAGACUUGUUAUAGAGAUUGUAUCUGAGUCUGUUCCUGAUAUGGCUCAGAUAUGUCAGGAACUUCCGGAGGAGACAGUUGCUAUGGUUAAGGAUUACUUGAAUGGUAUAAUUAUAAUGCCUGAGAAGAAAGAGGAAUUAGUGGGAUUACAGUAUUUGCUUGAACGCAGAUCUGAUCUUACUAGGGAGACUCUGUCUAAGUGCCACAAGAGGCAGUUGGAAGUUUUGGUUGCUGUGAAGAUGGGGCUUGGAAGCUACUUAUCUAGUGAAAUUCGCCUCUCAACAAAUGAUCUUGUGGACAUUUUCUUGUAUGUGAAAUGUAGAAAUGUAAAUUGCCGGAGCGUACUGCCGGUUGAUGAUUGUGACUGCAAGAUUUGCUCAGGAAAUAAGGGGUUUUGCAGCCAGUGUAUGUGUCCCAUCUGUUUGAAAUUUGAUUAUGCCAACAAUACCUGCAGUUGGGUUGGUUGUGAUGUGUGCUCCCAUUGGUGCCAUGCUGCUUGUGGCAUUCAGAAGAAUCUGAUUAAGCCAGGUCCUAGCUUGAAGGGACCUUCAGGGAGUACUGAGAUGCAGUUACACUGCAUUGGGUGUAGUCAUGCUUCGGAAAUGUUUGGUUUCGUUAAGGAUGUGUUUAUGCUUUGCGCAAAGAAUUGGGCUUUGGAAACUCUUAAAAAGGAGCUUGAUUGUGUCAGGAAAAUUUUCAGGGGAAGUGAAGAUUACAAAGGCAAAGAAUUGCAUCUUAAGGCUGAUGAUAUGCUAUCCAAGCUUGAGACCAAAAUGGUCUCUCCUUCAGAUGCGUGCAACAGCAUGAUUCAGUUUUUCAACUAUGGCAUGUCUGCUCCUGUUGUGGCUUCAAAUGAGUUGGUGGCAACUCAAUCUAUCCUUAAAAAAGAAGCAACCCCUCUUUCACAAUCCAUUUCUCUACCCCCAAAAUAUACAGCGUUCAACAUGAGCUCUUCUAGCAUACGCAACGAUUUACUGUCGAACGAUCUUCGUCAGAGUGACCUCAAACCUUCCAUAAUGAGUGAGUUGACAACAGAUGAUGAUUUCCGGUUUGGGUCAUUGUCAAAGAAAGAUAGCUUUGACAGCUUGGAAAGCUUAGUGCGGAUCAAGGAAGCAGAAGCGAGGAUGUUCCAGAACAAGGCUGAUGAUGCGCGGAGAGAGGCUGAAGGUUUCCGGCGGAUGAUUAGGACUAAGAAUGACAAGGUGGAAGAAGAGUAUGCUGGAAAGCUUGCCAAACUAUGUUUGCAAGAGACUGAGGAAAGGCGCAGGAAGAAACUGGAGGAGCUAAAGGUUUUGGAAAAUUCACAUGGUGAUUAUUUCAACAUGAAACGCAGAAUGGAAGCUGAGAUUACUGGCUUGUUAGAGAGAAUGGAGGCAACAAAGCAGCAGUGGGCUUGUUAGAGAGAAUGGAGGCAACAAAGCAGCAGUGGGUUUGAUUUCUUUUUUCUUUUUAACAUUGAUGCUAAUAGUGUGUAGUUUGUUGGUGUUAUUAUUUUGGAUUAUGCUUGUUAAUUUAAAUGCAAAAUGAACGAUCAUUUUCAGUUGUGAAAUUUCAGAACUAGCUUUUCUCCUCUUCA